UGAAACUGUUGCCUGAUCUGUGAGUUGGCACAUCAGAGAGAGGGAUGAUUAAAGAACGACGAAGGUUUAAAAAGAGAAGCAGACGUGCACUAGACACACACACACACACACACAGCGUCACUGGUAAUAAAACCAGAGUCGCACCACGAAGAAACUGCGAAGCUCUGCAGGAAGUUCCAUUUCUGUCUUUUUCUUUCAGCCUGAAGCAGCGAACAGGAUCAGUUUGACUCCUGCAGCAGAACCAGGCAGAAGUGGAACUGGAGACAAAAGGACCAGACGACUCAGACCAGAGUCAACGAGUGCAGAGGGGCAGGUGAUCCAGAUCAGAUAGUCAGAGGAGACCACUGAAGAGGAGCUGCACAAUGGUUUCCAAUUCCUCUCUACCCCCUGCUGUAAUCGAGAAUUCAAAGGAUGACCAAACGAAAGUGGACGUAAAGGCCGUGAUGGAGCAAAUCAGCAUCGUCAUCUACACGAUAACCGUCGUGUUCGGCCUCACUGGAAACUCUCUGGUGAUCUGGGUGGCUGGAUUCAAGCUCAAGAGGAAGGUUACCAACGUGUGGCUGGUGAAUCUGGCUAUUGCAGACCUGAUCUUCUGCAUCACGCGGGUCUUCUCCCUCACUAAGAAGCUCUUCUUCGACCACUGGCCCUUCGGCGUCUUCCUCUGCAAGUUCAACAGCUUCUUCAAGUAUGCCAACAUGUUCUGCUCCGUCUUCCUGCUGGCUAUCAUCAGCCUGGACAGGAUGCUCUGCGUCUGGAGGCCCGUCCUCACAAAGCGACACCGGACCCUCUGUGCUGCCAGGGUGGUGGCGCUACUGGUUUGGAUCACAUCCAUCCUCUUCAGCUCUCCCUUCUUCAUCCACCGCCAACUCUACAAGGAAAACAACAAGACCAAGUGUUCUCUGAAGGUGAAGGAGGAAGACGUGACCAUCAAACACGCUCUCUUCAUCAUCCGCUUCCUGUGUGGUUUUGUUUUUCCCUUCGUCGUCAUUCUCAUCUGUUACGUCGUGGCCGGCAUCGGCAUCAGACGCACACGCCUCUCAGGGAAGUCCCGCCCCCUGCGUAUUCUGGCUUCACUGGUCAUAGCGUUCUUCCUGUGCUGGGCUCCGUACCACUGCUUACAGCUGGUAAAGAUGGUGGACAGCGAGAACGCCGUGCUGAAGGUCUGGCAGCCUUUAGCCAGCAGCUUGGCCUACUUCAACAGCUGUGUGAACCCGCUGCUGUACUUCUGCAUGGGGAUAGGCAUGGGGGGGCGCUUCAAGCAGAGCAUGAUGAGCAUUUACAGGAAAGCUCUGGCUGACGAUGGGGAGGGGCAGACCACUCAGUCCAACGAGCGCUCUUUGGAAGAAAGCGUCGCCUCGAAACACAAUUUGUCUGUGGUUGCAAAUCCUGCUGUGGUGUCAGAAGGAAGUCUUUAGGGGAGAAUCGGUCUUCCGCGGGCAACGGUGGCACAGGAGUUAAGAGCUCGCCCCGUGAUCGGAAGGUUGCAGGUUCGAGCCCCGCUCAGUCCGUCGCUGUCGUUGUGUCCUUGGGCAAGACACUUAACCCACGUUGCCUGCUGGUGGUGGUCGUAGGGACCGGUGGUGCCAGUGCUCUGCAGCCUCGCCUCUGUCAGUGCGCCCCAGGGCAGCUGUGGCUACAUCGUAGCUCAUCCCCACCAGUGUGUGAAUGUGUGUGUGUGAAUGGGUGAAUGACUGAUUGUGUUGUAAAGCACCUUGGGGGGUUCCAGGACUCCAGAAGGCGCUAUAUCAAAUACAGGCCAAUUACCAUGUUACCAUUUCAGGGAGUAUGGCCGGUGUCAGAGCUUGGUCCGCAUUGCCGGCAGUAAGUCGGGCUCGUUCCCAGUGAGAGUUGGACUCCGCCAAGGCUGCCCUUUGCCACCGAUUCUGUUCAUAACCUUUAUGGACAGGAUUUCUAGGUGUAGCCAAGGUGUGGAGGGCAUCCGUUUUGGUGGCCUGAGGAUCAGGUCUCUGCUUUAUGCAGAUGAUGUGGUUCUGUUGGCUUCAUCAGAACGUGAUCUUCAGCUUUUGCUGGAGCGGUUCACAGCCGAGUGUGAAGCAGCUGGGAUGAGAAUCAGCUCCUCUAAACCUGAGACCAUGGUCUUGAUUCGGAAAAGGGUAGAAUGCCUUCUCCGGGUCAGGGAUGAGGUCCUGCCCCAAGUGGAGGAGUUUAAGUAUCUCGGGGUCUUGUUCACGAGUGAGGGAAAACUGGAGCGUGAGACCGAUAGGUGGAUUGGUGCUGCAUAUGCAGUGAUGUGGGCGUUGUACCGGUCUGUCGUGGUGAAGAGAGAGCAGAGUCAGAAGGCGAAGCUCUCGAUUUACCGGUGGAUCUACGUUCCUACCCUCACCUAUGGUCACGAGCUUUGGGUAGUGACCGCAGGAACGAGAUCGCGGAUACAAGCGGCCGAAAUGAGUUUUCUCCGAAGAGUGGCUGGGCUCUCCCUUAGAGAUAGGGUGAGAAGCUCAGUCAUUCGGGAGGGGCUCGGAGUAGACCCGCUGCUCCUCCACAUCGAGAGGAGCCAGUUGAGGUGGCUCGGGCAUCUGGUCAGGAUGCCUCCUGGACGCCUCCCUGGUAAAGUUUUCCAGGUACGUCCAACCGGGAGGAGACCUAAAGGUAGACCCAGGACACGGUGGAGGGACUAUGUCUCUCACCUGGCCAGGGAACGUCUUGGGAUUCCCCCGGAGGAGCUGGCCCAAGUGGCUGGGGAGAGGGAAGUCUGGGCCUCUCGCCUUAGGCUACUGCCCCCGCGACCCGACUCCGGAGAAGCGGAUGAAAAUGGAUGGAUGGCAUUUCAGGGAGCGUAUGUGUGCGUGCGUGCGUGCGUGCGUGCGUGCGUGCGUGUGCGUGUGUGUGUGUGUGUGUGUGUGUGUGUGUGUGUGUGUGUGUGUGUGUGUGUGUGUGUGUGUGUGUGUGUGUGUGGUAGAUUCAGGAAAUGUAUGUAAAGACGGUCCUACCUCACCCUUAAGCAGGUGAUGCAUCACAAGGAGGAUGAGGAGAGAACAUGUUACAGCUAGCUACCGGACUACUUUUUGGUUUGGUUUGGUUUUUGAAAACGUUUUACUUCCUGUAAACGGUUUGUCGGUUCAGACACGCUUCUUUCUGCAAUCGCCGUAUGAUGUGCACGAUCCUGUCAGCUUGACUUGAGAAAUCCCCUUGGAUGGGAAGUGAAACGUCUUCGUGACUUAACCAGAAGUCCAAGCAUCUUCAUCGUGAUCUGCCUCGUUUAUGUUGAUACACCAAACACAAUCAGGAAACAGAGGCUUAAAGGGAACAUUGACAUGAAAAUAAUUAUCGGCUGCCUUGGACAGAUUUAAGAGAUUGUACAUAAAUUGUUUGUUAUGCAGAUAAAUACAAGUUAUUUUAUUUU